GUUUUAAGGAUCAUUCCAUGAUCUUCUUUCCACCUGAAAAUGGGUUUAAUAACACACCCUCUCUCUGCCAAGCUGUGCUGCAGAAAAGUAAUUUUAAGCUCCCAUCCAUGGGUCCCUCAACCAAGUCAUUUCCAUGGCCUUCACAUUCAUAGCGAUCCUCUCACACCAUCUCAUGACUCGAUUCCUUGUUAUCGUCCAUCCACAAUUUCAUAUGAAUCAUGGCAUUUCAGGAGGAAGAAGGGCCUGCUGUUAAAGCCAUUAACCGCUACCAAUUCAUCGUCUUUGGGAAACGAGGAGGAUCACCGGGCUCUUGAAGCCGUCCUCAAGCUUUAUACGGCAAUACAGAACAAAAAUCUCCGGGAACUAUCGGAUAUUCUUGGAGAUGAAUGCCGAUGCGUCUGUAAUUUCAUCCCAUUUUGCCAGGCGUUCCAAGGGAAGAAGCAAGUUCUGGCAUUUUUCUCAAAUCUUAUCAAGACCUUGGGGAAUAACAUCGAGUUCGUGGUGCAACCGACCACACACGAUGGAAUGAGCAUCGGCGUCGCGUGGAAGCUAGAAUGGAAGGAAACUGUGCCUUUAGGAAAAGGUUUCAGCUUCCAUAUAUGCCAGAUAUACCAAGGAAGAGUGUUAAUAAGGAAUGUAGAGAUGUUCAUGGAAUCAUUUCCUCACAUGGAACUCUUCAGACUGAAAAUGAUGGGAUUUCUGAUAAGCAUGUUGGAGAAGAUGAGUUCCUACAUGCCUUCCAAGAGUAAAUCAAAGAGGGCAGGGUUCAUAGUUUUGCUUGUUCUGCUUUCUCUGGCAGCAAUUUUUGUAUUGCUUCUGAAGAUCCAGUAGACCGAGGCGAAAAAAGAUAGAUUCUCAAAUUUUCUCUCUUUCUUGUUCAUUCGCCUUUCCCAUUGUAUAAGAAGGAAGUGUUGUCUCAAAUUUCAGGGGCACAAGGGACAAUAAUGGAAAACUAACUACUUUAUGCAUAGUUUCUAGGUUAAAUAUUUAUACAGUAAGCUUCUUAAUGGGAUAAAAGUUUGGACAA